CAAUAAUGUCGCUGUUGCACUGUGGUAUUGUGGGGAACAGGAAGUUCCGGGUUGGCGCCCACCAUUCUACAGAAUAAAGAAAACGCCAGAACUGUGCUGACCGUUUCUCUUUAUUAUUACAGAUUAAGUCUGAGGCCGUUAAUAUAAACAGUGAGGGCAAACCCAGCCUGCCUCUCUCCUUCCACACUGAGUCCAAACCUACAGUCACUGGGUCCUGAUUGUGACAGUGGAGCCCAGUUUGCACUGCAGGAUCCAGAGAUGGCAUCAGUGAAGCUGGAAGACUGCAGUCAAACACUGGAGCUGAAUGUCAACAUUAAAGAUGAAGAAGAGGAGGAGAAGAUUGGGAAAUCUGUUCCUCAUGGAGACUAUGUUGAGAUAUUCUCUACAUCCGGAGAGCAACAGGAGGAAGAUCACAGAGCUAAGAGGUCUCACCACUGCCCACAUUGUGAGGAGAUUUUUCCAUUUCUAUCAAAACUAGAAAUACACCUAAAAAUACACACAGGCGAUAAUCUGUAUUCCUGCAUUGACUGUGGGAAGAGUUUCACAACAUCACAGGCUCUGACAGUUCAUCUGCGAGUCCACACUGGAGAAAAACCUUACUCCUGCUCUGACUGUGGGGAGAGUUUCUCUCAACAGAGUAGCUUAAAAACACACCAACGUAUACACACAGGAGAGAAGCCUUACUCAUGCUCUGACUGUGGGAAGAGUUUCUCCGUAUCAAGUAACUUAAAAACACACCUAAAAAUACACACCGGGGAGAAGCCUUACUUCUGCUCUGACUGUGGGGCGAGUUUCUCUCAACAGAGCCACUUACAAACCCACCAACAUAUACAUACAGGAGAGAAGCAUUACUUCUGCUCUGACUGCGGAAAAUGCUUCACAACAUCAGCUGAGUUAAGAGUUCAUCAGAGAACACACACAGGAGAGAAGCCUUACUGCUGCUCUGACUGUGGGAAGAGUUUCUCUCAACAGGUCCACUUAAAAUGUCACCAGCGAAUACACACAGGAGAGAAGCCUUACUCCUGCUCUGACUGCGGGAAGAGUUUCACCCGAUUGGAUAUAUUAAAAUGUCACCAGCGAAUACAUACAGGAGAUAAGCCUUACUCCUGCUCUGUCUGUGGGAAAAGUUUCUCCCAACAGGGCAACUUAAAAAUACACCAGCGUAUACAUAAAGGAGAGAAGCCUUAUUCCUGUUCUGACUGUGGAAAAUGCUUCACAACAUCAACUGAGCUAAAAUCUCAUCAGAGAACACACACAGGAGAGAAGCCUUACUACUGCUCUGACUGUGGGAAGAGUUUCUCCCGAUUGGCUACCUUAAAAACACAUCAAUGUAUACAUAAAGAAGAAAAGCCUCAUCACUUCUCUCAGACCAGCCCUGCCACCAUUCUUCGGAAUAAAGAAAACGACAGAACAGUGUGGUGCGUUUCGCUUUAUUACUACAGGCCAACUCCGAUUAUGUCUGAGGCCGGUAACAUCAAAAGUGAGGACAAACCCAAUCUACAGUCACUGGGUCCUGAUUGUGACAGUGGAGCCCAGUUUGCACUGCAGGAUCCAGAGAUGGCAUCAGUGAAGCUGGAAGACUGCAGUCAAACACUGGAGCUGAAUGUCAACAUUAAAGAUGAAGAAGAGGAGGAGAAGAUUGAGGAAUCUGUUUAUGAUGGAGACCAUGUUGAGACAUUCUCUACAUCCGGAGAGCAACAGCAGGAAGAUCACAGAGCUAAGAGGUCUCACCACUGCCCGCAUUGUGAGGAGAUUUUCCCAAUUCUAUCAAAACUAGAAAUACACCUAAAAAUACACACAGGAGAUAAUCUGUAUUCCUGCACUGACUGUGGGAAGAGUUUCACAACAUCACAGGCUCUGACAGUUCAUCUGCGAGUCCACACUGGAGAAAAACCUUACUCCUGCUCUGACUGUGGGGAGAGUUUCUCUCAACAGAGCAGCUUAAAAACACACCAACGUAUACACACAGGAGAGAAGCCUUACUCGUGCUCUGACUGUGGGAAGAGUUUCUCCGUAUCAAGCAACUUAAAAACACACCUAAAAAUACACGCCGGGGAGAAGCCUUACUUCUGCUCUGACUGUGGGGCGAGUUUCUCUCAACAGAGCCACUUACAAACCCACCAACAUAUACAUACAGGAGAGAAGCAUUACUUGUGCUCUGACUGCGGAAAAUGCUUCAUAACAUCAGCUGAGUUAAGAGUUCAUCAGAGAACACACACAGGAGAGAAGCCUUACUGCUGCUCUGACUGUGGGAAGAGUUUCUCUCAACAGAGCAACUUAAAAUGUCACCAGCGAAUACACACAGGAGAGAAGCCUUACUCCUGCUCUGACUGUGGGAAGAGUUUCACCCAUUUGGAUAUAUUAAAAUGUCACCAGCGAAUACACACAGGAGAGAAGCCUUACUUCUGUUCUGUCUGUGGGAAGAGUUUUUCCCAACAGGGCAACUUAAAAACACACCAACGUAUGCAUAAAGGAGAGAAGCCUUACUCCUGUUCUGACUGUGGAAAAUGCUUCACAACAUCAACUGAGCUAAAAUCUCAUCAGAGAACACACACAGGAGAGAAGCCUUACUGCUGCUCUGACUGUGGGAAGAGUUUCUCCCGAUUGGCUACCUUAAAAACACAUCAAUGUAUACAUAAAGGAGAAAAGCCUCAUCACCUCUCUCAGACCAGCUAAGAUUAAAGUCACUCCAUCAAUUAAUCCUCAUCUCAUAAAAGUGGUAACAGUGAAUUGGAUCAAAUGAAGAAAGCUUAGAACACUUUUGUAAUCCUAUUGUUUCUCACUGUGAGAGAACUGUGCAGAGGAAAGGGAGCGUUAUAAAAUUAUGACAUUGGAAAUCAUCUUUUUUUACUACAAAACAUUAGAAACGCGCCAUUUCACAUAUGUUGAUGUUGGGGUGGUGCUGGGAUGAUGAAUAUGAAGUUGAAACAUUUUAAAAUGUCCCUUUUUAAGGCAAAAACAAUAGGAUGGUGGUUGGUCGGGUGGAUGGAUGAGUCAGCAUAUAACAUGAAAGUCUAGCAACCCAACGAUUGCUUGUUCAAAUCUCAUCACGGACAACUUUAGCAUUUUAGCUAAUAAGCAACUUUGCAACUACACUACAUGACCAAAAGUACACUACUGUUCAAAAGUUUGGGGUCACUUAGAAAUGUCCUUGUUUUUGAAAGAAAAGCAAUUUUUUUGUCCGUUUUAUAUAACAUCAAAUUCAUCAGAAAUACAGUGUAGACAUUGUUAAUGUUGUAAACUACUAUUUUAGUUGGAAACGGCAGAUUUUU